UUGAAGUUGUAUAAAAAAACCAUAGUUGCCUCCAACAACCAAAAUAGGGGAGGAGAGAGAGAGAGAGAGGGACCAAAAUACGAAGGCGAUAAGGCCGUCCAGGAUUUUCCCAGCUUAAACCCUUUUCUCUUCCUCCUCAGCUAAUAGCUCCUCCAUCCUACUAAUUGACUGCAUUUCUCUACCCAAUUGCUAUCCAUGGCAUCUCAAAUAAUUAGAGAAUGGGCCGGAAUACAGCAGUUUCCAGCUGCCACUCAAUCAAAGUUGCUUGAAUUACUGGGAAAACUGAAGCAGGAGAAUGUCAGUACUCUGACAAUUCUAGUAAUGGGGAAAGGUGGUGUUGGAAAAUCAUCAACGGUGAACUCAAUUAUCGGGGAAAGAGCAGUUGCUGUUAGUGCAUUUCAGUCAGAAACUCCCAGACCGGUGAUGGUUUCGCGUUCACGAGCAGGGUUUACACUAAACAUAAUUGACACCCCAGGGCUAGUUGAAGGAGGAUACGUCAAUGACCAGGCUCUUGAUCUCAUAAAGAAGUUCCUGUUGAACAAGACAAUUGAUGUUUUGCUAUAUGUGGAUCGUCUGGAUGCAUAUAGAGUGGAUAACUUGGAUAAGCAGAUUGUGAAGGCUAUUACUGAUAGUUUUGGUAAGGAAAUAUGGCGCCGAGGAAUUGUAGUUCUCACUCAUGCUCAGCUUUCCCCUCCUGAUGGAUUGACUUAUGAUGAAUUCACGUCCCGAAGAUCAGAGGCACUUUUGAAAAUCGUCCGGAUGGGUGCUCGAAUUAGGAAACAAGACAUUCAGGCUGCUUCAAUUCCUGUUGUCUUGGUGGAGAAUAGUGGCAGAUGUAACAAGAAUGAAAGUGACGAAAAGAUUCUUCCAAGUGGAACUGCAUGGAUACCCAAUUUAGUCCAAACUAUUACAGAUGCUGUUUUAAGUGGAAGCAAGGGUAUUUUGGUUGACCAGAAACUGAUUGAAGGUCCAAAUCCAAACAACAGGGGCAAAGUGCUAAUUCCUUUUAUACUAGCGUUCCAGUAUUUCUUUGUAGUGAAAAGGAUUCAGAAAUCUAUCAAGAAUGAUAUUGCAAGGGAGAGCAGGCCUGCAUGGGCAUAAGCAAUCACUGGAAUGGCCCUUGUUUGUCAACUUAAUUCCCCUUUUGGUUCUUUGAAGGAUUUUGGAUUUCCUUGCCAUCAGCUUAUCAGUUUAUACUUUUCUUGGUUAAGUAGUUAUAUUUAUUAGUAGCCAGAGAAACCAGUCAUAUGCGGCGGUAGGAUUUCAACUUUGUUCUGCUGAACUUGGCGUAGCGCCUCGGAUUUAUUGUGUUUCGAUGCUUGAUUAGUAACUGAGUUAUGUAAUUGUUGUUAUUUGCACUUGUAUUUUUCCAUAUGAUGAAAUAAUUAUAUUAAGCAU